AUGGCUUCUGAAAGCCUGAGAUCUUCUUAUAUAUCCGCCCAGCCAACCGAGAAGGAACCGGAUAUCCCGAUUAUCGAGGACGAUGAGCCACUCGUUGAUGUGGUUCGAAAGCUAUCCAAUUACUUGAGCCAGGCAAUUCCGGAGGUCUCUUAUACAUUUGAGCAACUGAGAUCGUCACCUCAUGGUCAUGAUAUCCGGCUGCUUGUCCAUUCCCUGGCGGACAACUCGCGCAAUCCAUUGAUCAUUGCUGCUUUGAUGAUCCUAAAAUGGCAAUUCGAAAACAGCGCUGAUACAGACUGGGGCGUCAACGAGAGCCGUGGAUUCGCCUGUGAAUACAUAGCUUGGCAAUUCCUUUGUCAUCUGACCCAAUAUGAAGAAAUUGAAUUUCUAUUGUGGGAGAUUCCCAGUCCCCAGCGCAGCUCUGCUUCGUUCUCCUUGGACGAAAGAGAAGCUGCCUUCAGAACUGGGGAACAAGGUAAUUCGCAUGAUAUUGAAAGGACACCGCUGCGGAGGUCUUCCUAUAUCUCUCGCUUCCUUGGAAGGAAAAGUGAGGAUGUUCCCUCAGGCGAAGACGCUGGAGAUACUGAGGAUCCUUUUUAUGCAAGACUUUCGCUAUUCUUUGGCUUGAAUGCCCUCGAGAUUGCGACUAUAGCUCAAGCGAAGAAGUUUCUCAGUCAGAAGGUUGUCCAAAAAGUCAUCGAUAAUAUCUGGAAGGGUGAGGUUGUAUUCUGGGACUCACUGAGUGUGCACUCCAGAAAGAGACCACACUUCUUCAACGAGAAAACGGCAGACCCAUACUCACGACUUAGAGUUCCUGUGUACCGCAAAGCUUUCGAAGCCGGAUUCUUCGUCUCAUUCUUGUGCCUCUACUACGCCGUCCUGGUCGAAAGAAAGCCCACAGGGAUAGGCAUCUUCGAGACCUUGAUGUACAUUUGGAUUGCCGCAUUCGCAUACGAUGAGCUGAGCGGGAUGACCGACGCAGGAGUGGCGUUCUACCAGAUGGACUUUUGGAAGAUCUGGAAUUUGGGCAUAAUCGGCACGGGCCUUGCCUUUGUUAUUGCAAGUGAGUCACUGUGCCUUGUCAGCAUUCAGCUGUCCCCUACUCAGCUGAACUGUGCUCUGUGCCAUCGGAAUGGCCGUAUUAGAUUGAUAUGUUCGCUCGUUAGCCUGAAUUCUUAUUUUGGAAGUCUUACCAAAGCGUUCUUCCGUUUUAUCCCUGUAGUCAUCGUGCUGUACCUGGGGUUCCUGACAACGUUCACGAUGCUGGCGCGAGACCGACUGACUCUCCGACAAAUGUCAUGGAUCCUGGUCAAGGUGUUCUUUGGGCUGAUUUUCGUCUCCAUGACCAAUUUGCUGUUAAUUUCCUCUUUGGUCAGUUUGAUGAGUAUGAGUUUAGAGGGUGUGCUGUCGCAUGCCCGCGAGGAAUAUCUCUUCCAAUUAUCCAUUUACGUGCUGGAAAGCAGUAAUUCUCGACGACUGACCUACUUCAUGCCACCAAUGAAUCUGAUUCCCCUCUUGUGCAUCCGACCUCUGCGGCUCUUUCUAUCUGCAGAAUCUAUCCGUCGAGUUCGCAUUCUCCUGCUCCGUGCUACACAUCUCCCAUUUGUCGCUCUAAUCCGGACAUACGAAGCCAUCCGACGACACCGUCCCAUCACCACCCAUACUACAAAUAGACGAAGGAGGAGCACAAGUACUAGGAGAUACUGUUACGACCACGACCCGUUUAUAGACAGAGACGAAGCCCCGACGGCGUUAGGGCCCGACCCUGGUAGGGCAUCCAGGACUAAAACUAAGGCGGGAGGACAACCCGAAGCACGCGGACCGGCACCGGAACAGACCGGUCGGGAUGUGGUUGAACUGGCGGAUGUGAUCGACGAGGUGGAUCGGUUGCGCACCCAGGUGGAUCGGGUGGUUGCUCUGAUGGCUGUUCGGAGGAGGCAUUAA